AUGACUACUGAGAAACGACUUCUUUUGCGCACAAGUCAGCGCAGCCGUAAAUGUGUCCACCCUCAUAUACGAAAUCUGGCAGAAAAUGACGCCAUCACAAAGCUGGCAGCUGGGGACUCUGUGUGGAUCGGUCUGUACUGGCAACAACUAUGGUCUGAUGGGAGCCCCUCUCUGUUUCAAAACUGGGCCAAUGGGCAACCAGACAGUCCAGAGCAGUGUGUCACCACAAUGUUCAGAAACUCAGGACUGUGGUCAGAUGAUAACUGCUCCCUCACUUUACCGUUCAUCUGUUACUCAACAAUUCCUCCAAAAACCGAAGACUUCAGAUCAAUAGGACAAAAUGAGAGCAGUAUCACUCUGCAGUGGAAUAAAGUGAACAACAACUUCAGCUUUAUUCUCCAGUUUAAUGGUGCAGAGAUCAACAUCAAUGCACCAGAUGGAGAUGGACCACGAGCCAUCAUCUGCUUUUCAGAGCACCAGUGUAAAACUAAGACGUAUCUACUGGCUCCUCCAAACGCAGAAAUCUUCAGACCAACAAGACAAGUUGUCACCAGUAUCACUCUGCAGUGGAAUAAAUCUCUCACUCCUGAAACUAGAUACACAUUCACUCUUUUCUCUGUGUUUGAGAACGUCAGAAGCAGUGGAGUGAGCAUUACUGCAGUUACCGGAAAUCGUCAGUACUACUUUGAGAGUACACCACUGAACUGGACUGCAGCUCAGAGCUUCUGCAGACGGAUCUACACUGACCUGGCCACCAUAGAAACCUAUACUGGUGUCAAUUCUGUACUCUACUACAGCUCAUCAAGCUACAGAGGAAAGGCUUGGAUAGGUCUCUACGGUGGAGGCUGGAGAUGGUCCCUGAGUAACAGCAGCUUCUACGGUGAAGGAGAGACAGGGUUUAGAAACUGGGCCCCUGGAUAUCCCUACAAUUCUUAUGGACGACAGAACUGUGUGAUGCUUCAAAGCUAUUACUAUUACUAUUACUACUUCAAUAACUACAAUGGAAAGUGGUUGGACGUUGAUUGCAACUACCAAUUCUUCUCUGUGUGCUACAACGGUUCAGUAAAUGGCAAAUCAUCCUUUGUAAAAGUCAACACACCUUUGAAUUGGAUUCAAGCUCAGAGAUACUGCAGGGAGAAUUACGUCGAUCUAGCCAGCGUGCGAAAUCGGGCAGAAAAUUUUGCCCUCGCAAAGUUGGCAGCUGGGGAUUCAGUGUGGAUCGGUCUGUACUGGGAACAACUGUGGUCUGAUGGGAGCCCCUCUGUGUUUCAAUACUGGGCCAGUGGGCAACCAGACAGUGCAGAGCAGUGUGUCACCACAGCGUUCAGAAACUCAGGACGGUGGUCAGAUGAUAACUGCUCCCUCUCUUUACCGUUCAUCUGUUACUCAACAAGUAAUGCAUCUUAUUUCUACUCACAUACUGUAUAAAGAUUAUUUUUUGCAUUAAGUCAGUUUAGUUAUAUACAGUAUCUCACAAAAGUGAGUACAUGUACGCUAGGUUAACAUUAACAUCUAUAGCUUACUGAAAUGUGUCUCAAAUGUAUAAUACUGUUUAAAUUAAGAACAUACAGUAGAUUGAACCUACUGUACAAUAUUAAAUCAAUUAACUGCAUCAAUAAAGUG